UUUCAUUUUUACUCUAAAAAUGGCUUAUUAUCCUUACACCAAAGUUUCAUUACUUAUUUUAUGGUUCAUCAACGUUGUGCUUAUGACAAAUGCUAUCAAUUUUAAUCCAACAAUUACUGAAUAUUUUAUCAGUGGCCUCCCUCAAAAUUCUCCUUUAGUCAAAGUUCAUUGUAAAUCUAAUAGUGAUGAUCUUGGAGUUCGCACACUUAAAGUGGGUGACAAAUUUGAUUUCUCAUUCCAUGAGAAUUUUAUUGGCACUACUCAUUUUUAUUGUAAUUUUGCAUGGGGUACAAAGAUUAAUGAUGUUGAUGUUUGGAAACGACGUAAGAGCCUUUGUAAAUUUCCAAAGCUGUUUAAGGAAAACGUUUAUUGUACUUGGUUGAUCAAGGAUUCUGGCAUAUAUUUUGCUCGUAAGAAGAAUCCUUCACCUAGUGACUUCCAAUUUGCCUAUCCUUGGUUGUAAACAUUAGGGAUUUAUUGCAUUUCUGUAUUAAAUUCCAAUCUCUUUAUAAAUUAAAAGUAAUUUAUGUUAUAA